UCCUAUUGCUUUUUUUCUAAGCUCUGUCUGGACACCUUUAGAAAACCAAUCUUGUUAUUAUGUUCCAAAGUGAGUCAUUUGUACUCUUAGAGUAGGCGUUGGACUACAGGACUCCCAAGAAAAGCAUCUACUCACUCAGUUUCCCCAAAGCUCUCUCCAAAUUAAACUCCACUGAGCAUCAUGACAGAUGUUCCAGCAACCUUCAGUCAGGCUGAGUGUAAUGGGAAUAAACCACCUGAAAAUCAUCAACAACCAAUCACUAAAACUGAUGAGGACACUGCUGAUAUGGAUGGCACCCCACCAUACCACAGGGUGGAACCCAGUCUUGAAGAUCUACCCACAGAAGGAAACCAGAAGAAAAGUGGAAAUUUACAAGGGGAUACGCUGAGUAACUGGUCUAUGGAUGAGGAGAUUCAAAAAGAAAACCCAGAAGAGAAUCUCUUCAUUGUUCAUAAAGCUAUUACAGAUCUUUCUCUCCAAGAGACAAGUGCUGAGGAAAUGACACACAGAGAAGGGCAUCAGUGGGAGAAGAUUCCUCUGAGCAGCAGUAACCAGGAAAUAAGUAGACAGAAGGAAAGGAUUGCCAAACAGUCUCUGGAGGAGAGAGAAGAUGAGGAUAGGAAGAAGGCUUACCACGCAACUGAAAUUGAAUGGUUGGGAUUUCAGAAACCCAGUCAAGUUGACAUGUCGCAUUCUAAACAUGUUGAUGAGCAAGAGGUUUGGGAUGAAGAAGUUAAUCAUGAUGACAAUGAUGAUUGCAAUGAUGAUGAAGAUGAAGUCCGAGUGAUAGAAUUUAAGAAAAAACAUGAAGAGAGUUCUCAGUUUAAAGAGGAAGAUGAUGUGAGUGAGGACUCUCCACUGAGCAGUCCCAGUUCCCAACCUGCGACGCCUGACGAGCAGCCAAGCUUAGGAAAGAAGAGCGAUAUUUCCAGAAAUGCCUAUUCAAGAUACAAUACAAUAUCCUAUCGGAAAAUCAGGAAGGGGAACACCAAGCAAAGAAUUGAUGAAUUUGAAUCUAUGAUGCAUUUAUAAGCUAACUGGAACUGAGAAAUUCUCAUGCCCACUAAAGCAAAAGCUAAUUAAUUCUGUUAUCUUGUGAUGCGUCUUUCUAUGCCUUGAGUAAUCUUGAAAGAUGAGGAAGCUUAUUCUGUUUCACUGUAGAAUAAUGUGAAAUUAACCUUAGACAAAAUUCAGUCUGGUAACCUCAAAUCCAAAAGUGUUAGAUUCAUUCUUGGACAUUUGCUUUUUAAAAAUGUCACUAAGAUAGUCUUGUGUGAUAAGCACUAAACAGCAAGCAUCCCUGGGGAAUUGGGCAUGAUUUGAUUUUAAAAGUAGCAGUGCUGAGAAAGUUCGUCAUCAAAUGAAAGAGGCAACUGAAAUGAUUCCUAUAUUUCUUUUGGAGUCUUACACUGCAGUGAUGAAAAGUCUGAUAUUAAACCUCUUUGAUUUUUAAACAUGGUUUUAUAGACUUCUGGCAAUAAACUUUCCAACACCAUUUGGCUUUCCUAUUAUUGUCAAAAAAAAGUUUUAAGUGGUUUUCCUUGGCAUCUAUAUAGUCGACGUUCUGUAAGACUUCUUCCUAGGUGUUACCAUUCACUGAAUUUCCUCACUAGAGGGUGAGCAAUUGUCAGCCAGGAGUUUUGUUUGCUAAAUGUUGGCUUUAUGCUUUCCAAAUGAAUUAAACCCAUUGUGAGGUUGAUACAGGGAGGGGCAGGGAGAUUGGUGGGCAAUAGACUAAAGAGUUAUGUUGGAUAGUUUUAUUUGUGUAACUCAAAAUAGAAUCUUGUCUAGCACAGUUAAAGUAAUUAAAAAUGAAAAUGACAGCUUUAGCACAAUUUUAAGAAAAUGCCCCUCUCUAUUACCACACGUUCUCUUAUUAACAGUGUCUCAGAAUAAUUUUCUUUCCUUAGAAACCUGAGACAACGCUAGUCAUAACUGUACUAGUUACUAUGAAAAUGGAAAUAAUUAUCUUAGAAUAUUUUCAAAGUAGAGUGUGAGCAUGUAUUUUUAGUGAGAAAGCUCUGAUAGUGGUUGGGAAUAUAUAAUUUACUGGACCUCAGCCCAAAUGAAGAUGCUUAAAAUUGUGCUUGGGAGCUUCACUCAAACCAAUGUGUCAAAUAAUAUAUUGAAUAUUUAUGAAAAGAGAAAAUCUAUAUUUAUAUUCUUAGAUAGUUUGUUCCACAGUUUUAUUUCAUGCUUCCAUGUACAUUACUCUGAACUUUCUGUCACCACAGAUAGGAUAUGUUUUAGCCCUGCAAAUAAAAGACAAUUCUUUAUUGUCUGAAUGUAAUACAGUCUUCAUUGUACUAUUCAACCCUUUGUUUAUUUCGUUUUCAUUUUGUUGAAAACCCUGAGCUAGCCCUUCUUAGAUUAUUGCUUAUUUAUGUGUAACAAAUCCCACACAUUCUAAUGGUGGCUUCUUUAAUUCUUCUUGGUCAUAUAAUAUAUUUCCAUAGUAUCAUAUGCUAUUAUUUAGUGCUUAUGAGACUCAAUUUUGAAUUCAAGAAUAGAAAUGCUCUUUCUAUUCUUUCAAACAUGAUGCACAAGUACAAUUUCCUGUUUAAUUUGGAUCUUCUAAAUUGUUCUACCUGGUCAACCUGUUUUCCUUCUGGAUUACUGAUGACCCUGACAACUUUCUACUUAACUUCAGAGCACAGCAUUAUGUUAACUAUCAUGUACCAAGACCUUAUUGUUAACCUGCCUUCAAGAGAACUUGUGUUUUAAGUUGUUUCAACAAAAGUGAUAAAUUCCUGUGGCAGGUAGGUGACAUGGCAAAGCAACUGGCUCUUAUGGAGCUCUGAUAUACAGGAAUUGGUCUUUUUAGCUUUGUGCUUUGACCAGAAAAUUAACCAAUUAUGAAAGAUUCUGUCAACAAAGAAUAUUUCAGAGUAUGUUCAACUAGUAAAUGUUUAGUGUUCAUGGAUGAGAGAACAUAAACUAUUUCUUGGCAUUUAUGUCCAUUACUCUAUAUGCUAUUUUGCACUAGGCCAUAGUGUUAAGUGAUCUUGAGUGACACGGUGGUGUUGGAUGGCUGUUCGAGUCUUUGUAGCCUGGGAAAAACAAGAGUCUGCUUCAGAUUGCAAAAGGAAUAUUUAACAUAUUUGAAACCCCCAUGGGACAUGAUUAAGAAAACGAAUUAGUAACUAACAUGAAAGUUGACCUGAGCUUUUUUGAUUCAAGGAUCAGGAGUAUCAAGGAUUCUGAUACUUGGAUGGAGAAAGAAUUGUUUUAUUGUGCAAAUGCUGAUAUUUCUUAAAUGACUUUUUGUUUCCUUUGUUGUUGAAUGAAAAGGAAUUGAUAAUAGUCAUAUUUUCCUCUCAUUAGAAAAUUUACCUUUCAUAUGUUACAUUCAAAGACACAGAAUUUGCCAGAACGUAUCCAUCUACC